AUGGCUUCGUUUUUCAUGCACAUUCGAGACGAGAUGCACUUUUUCCGGCCAAGUGAGCCCUCCACGGAGGAAGGUCUUCGCCUGAAGCAACAGCGCGAGGCGCUGGCCCUCUGCCGCUUCAAGAUAUCUGAAAAGGAGGCUUGGAACGUCCAACACAUUCACCCCCGCGGCAAACUUUGUGUAUGGGGAGGACGGUCGCGACGCUCCUCUGCCGGUCGCAGAAGCUCCAUCGUGACUAAGCCCACAGUAAAGGAGGCAAAGGAGGGCAGAGAGUCGGAGAGGGAGCCGAAGAAGACUGCAAAGUCAGCGGAACUAGCAAAGUCUUUCAAAGAGGUCGAGACGGAUGAGGAGCUGGAGCCAGCCCAUUCCUCGACGAGCGGUUACAAGCCGCACUUCUUCGAUGGCCGUCUAGCUCCAGACAAACCGAUUUCAGGCCGCAUGUUGCCAGACGUGGAGGAACCUAUCCAGAUCAUCAUGGACAGGGCGAUGUCCAAAGCUAUGGACGCCUUCGUGGAAUUUGUCACCAUGGAGGAUGCAAUGCGUUGUGCUGAGACCAUGCCGCCUGACGUGGAAGAGCCCAUCCACAUAAUCAUGGAUCAGGCGACUUCGAAGACCAUGGACAUGUUUGAGGAGCUUGUGACUAUGGGGGACGCCAUGUUCUGUGUUGAGAAGCUAAGUUAUGUGUUGUAUCUUACUUACCUCGGGUAA